AAGAAAUUAAUGCUGAUCUGAUAGAUUUACUUGGCUCUUUUGUAGAUAAUAACAAAGAAAAAAUAACAAAUAAAAGCCAAGAAGAACUUGAAGAUACUAAGAUGGGCCCUAAUUCAACAUUUGAUUGUUUUUCUGAUCUUGAAUCUCGUGAUAUUGAUCAAAAUCAUAAUUGGAUUAAUGAUUUUCAACAAUACUAUUCUAAUAUCAAUUUUGAAGAAGCAAACUCUUUUGUAUCUAAUUAUAGAAAGUUGAACAAUGAAAUUCAAGAUAAUGAAACCUCUAAUAAUAAUAUAGAUUAUCAAACUUUAAAUAACAACCAAAAAAUAAUAUUUAAGUGA